AUGGAGUUUUUAGCAGCAGCUAAAGCUGUUCUGCUUGGGCAGCUUUCACUGCUCUUAGUGAGCAGCUUCAUAGUGUCUGCUCAAAUUUUGCCUGAGGCUUUCCCUCCUCAUUACCCUGGAAUUUUACCUGUAAUUGCACCUAGUCACCCACCAAGCCAACACCACCACCACCACCACCACCCUCACCCCCAUCCCCACCCCCACCCUCACCCGCCAACCUCCUCACCCGCUAAGCCCCCAAUCCAUCCACCUGUUUACCCCCCACCCAAAGCCCCUACUCCUGCACCAGUUUAUCCACCACCCAAGCCACCAGUUCACCUACCAACCAAGCCGCCAACUCACGCUCCACCCAAGCCACCAGUUCACCCACCAACCAAUACACCAUCUCAUCCUCCAACCACGCUACCAACUCAGCCCCCGACUAAGACACCAGUGCACCCACCAAGACACCUACCAUAUCAUCAUCCGGCUAAGCCACCAACUCACCCAAAGCCUCUAAGGAGUCUUGUGGCAGUUCAGGGCGUAGUUUAUUGCAAGUCAUGCAAGUACGCUGGAUCCGACACUCUCUUGGGAGCUAAACCAAUUUUUGGUACUACUGUAAAGCUAGCAUGCAAAAACACCAAAUACAAGCUAGCGGUCCAAGCCAAAACUGACAAGAACGGCUAUUUCUUCCUGCAAGCACCAAAGACCAUAACCAGCUUUGGAGCCCACAAAUGCACGGUCUCCCUUGUAUCGUCACCAUUGGCUUCAUGCAGCAAGCCAUCUAAUUUCCACGGUGGAUUGAAGGGUGCCACCUUGAGGCCUGAGAAACCAUUCAUUGCAAACAAGCUCCCAUUUAUUCUCUACACUGUUGGGCCAUUGGCUUUCGAGCCCAAAUGUUAUUAAAACUAGAAUUCUACUGUUUGAGCUCGCACUCUUCCCAUCAUUGUUCUUUAUGUGUUCCCACUACUUAAAAAGUUUCCUAGCUUAUUGUAAUGGCCCUUUUGUUCAGUGCGUUGCUUUGAGUGACAAUAAAUGAUAGUCAUAUAUGGAAAUAGAUUAGUGACGAAUAAUCAACGAUUGUUUUUCAACUACUACUACUAUUAAUUCUUAUUUCUAACAAUGAUUCAAACCUUUUCUUUCAAAUUUUUCCGAUGUCCCUAGGAAGAUUGGGAUAAUCUUAUUUAACAACGGUAACGAGGAUAAA